ACUCAAUAUUUUCUCUCUUCUCUUGCAGGCUGUGUAUAUGUUUUAUGCUUUGGCAAUUGUCUGCGAUGAUUUUUUUGUCCCUUCGUUGGAGAAGAUUUGUGAACGCUUGCAUCUCAGCGAAGAUGUGGCUGGGGCAACUUUCAUGGCAGCAGGAAGCUCUGCUCCUGAGCUGUUUACAUCUGUCAUAGGUGUUUUUAUCACAAAAGGAGAUGUAGGCGUUGGAACCAUCGUAGGCUCAGCUGUAUUUAACAUUCUCUGUAUUAUUGGCGUGUGUGGGCUUUUUGCAGGACAGGUUGUGGCACUGUCAUCAUGGAGUCUCUUGAGAGAUUCGAUCUACUAUACACUGUCUGUUGUUGCACUCAUUGUGUUUAUUUAUGAUGAAAAAGUUUCCUGGUGGGAGUCCUUAGUCUUAGUGCUGAUGUAUGUCAUCUACAUUGUUAUAAUGAAGUACAACUCAACCAUACAUCACUGCUUAGAAAGGAAGACAAAAAACUCUGCAAAUAUGGUAAACGGUUUAGCAAAUAGCACAGAAAUGGAUGAUAACAGCAACUGCGAUGCCACAGUGGUAUUACUAAAGAAAGGAAAUUUCCACCGCAAAGCCUCUGUGAUCAUGGUGGAUGAGCUGCUGUCUGCCUACCCACGUCGGCUUUCGUUUUCCGAGGCUGGGCUGCGGAUCAUGAUCACCAGCCACUUCCCUCCCAAAACACGGCUCUCCAUGGCCAGCCGCAUGUUGAUCAAUGAGAGGCAAAGGCUGAUCAGCAGCAGGACUUACAGCAAUGGUGAGUCAGAAGUAGCAAUCAAAAUACCCAUCAAGCACGUGGUGGAGAAUGGAACCGGCCCCAGCAACUCGUCCGAGCGGGGCGUGAACGGCGCCCGGCGGGACGAGGAGGUGGCUGAGGCUGGGAAUGAGAACGAGAAUGAGGAUAACGAGAACAACGAAAAUGAUGAGGAAGAGGAAGAAGACGAUAACGAUGGUGACCAUGAAGGGCCAUACACACCUUUUGACCUACCUGCUGGCAAGAUAGAAAUCUUGAAGUGGCUCUUCACGUGGCCAUUGAGUUUUGCCCUGUACUUCACAGUGCCCAACUGUAACAAACCCCACUUGGAAAAAUGGUUCAUGGUUACCUUUGCUUCUUCUACCCUCUGGAUUGCAGCUUUAUCCUACAUGAUGGUGUGGAUGGUGACAAUCAUUGGCUACACACUGGGAAUUCCGGAUGUGAUCAUGGGCAUCACUUUCUUGGCAGCUGGAACCAGUGUGCCAGACUGCAUGGCAAGCCUCAUCGUGGCAAGGCAAGGUAUGGGGGAUAUGGCUGUGUCCAACUCCAUUGGAAGCAAUGUUUUUGAUAUUUUAAUUGGCCUAGGCGUCCCAUGGACUUUGCAGACCCUAGCAGUGAAUUACGGAUCAUAUAUUCGUUUAAACAGCAGAGGACUUAUCUAUUCUGUUGGUCUCCUGCUGGCAUCUGUUUUUGUCACAGUUUUUGGUGUCCACCUGAACAAAUGGAAACUGGAUAAGAAGCUAGGGUGUGUGUGCCUUUCCCUUUAUGGCAUCUUCCUGUGUUUCUCCAUCAUGACAGAAUUCAAUGUUUUCACUUUUGUGAACUUGCCAAUGUGCAGAGAACACUGA